UUAGUAUUUUAUUGUUGUACUUUCAUUGAUUUUAAAUAAUUGGAAAUAUAUUGAACAAAAUAAUAUUUUAGUAUUGAUUCAGUUUACAGCAGAGAUAUGAAAAUGCCGCAUCAAAAAUCUCAUUUAGUUUCAGGGUAAGGAGGCAGUAUUUACUAGUAUGUCUUUUCUUCCUCAUUUUCAGUCAUUCUGUUCCUUGGAAACGAAUCAUGUGGAUUACUGUGACGUUCAAAGAGUGAACGUUAAGAGUUGCUUUCAACAUGGCUGAGAAAGAUGGCAAACCAAACCUACCAAUCAUACCGGGACAGAUGUGGAUUGAAGUGGAGUACGAUUAUGAAUACGAAGCAAAGGAUCGAAAGAUUUCAAUAAAGCAAGGCGAAAAAUAUAUUUUGGUAAAGAAGACAAACAACGAUUGGUGGCAGGUCAAAAAGGAAGAAACCUCAAAACUUUUUUAUCUUCCAGCACAGUAUGUUAAAGAGCUACCUCGGAAGGCUUUGAUGCCACCAGUGAAACAUGGACCUAGUUGUAUGAAAUCUGCUGCUUUAAAUGUAGAUACCAAGCCACUGCAGGAUUCCACUGAGAGCCCGUACAAACCACUAGAUUAUUCCAACUCUUUUAAAUCAUCUACAGGGCCAUUGCAGUCCCAGCCCACAGACUUAGAUACAAGUCAGAUACAUCACCGAGACCAAGGGCUUCUCCAUUUACAGACUGCAGUCCAAGAUAGUGCCAAAACUAGUACCCAGAGCUAUGGACCUGGAGAGAGUGAAUCCCAGUAUCCAAGAGUUCCAAACCAAACUUGGAACUUGGGAGCAGGCCGCUCGCAGAGCUCUGAUUCCAUGGAUGGUGAAAACUCACUUUAUGAUCCCUCAUACGAAUGGACUUCUGAGAGUUCAGGAAGACAACAUCAAGACUCUGAAUCUGGAGAUGAAUUUAGCAGCAGUUCUACUGAGCAGUUGCAGACGCCCUCACCGGCAGGACCGACGAGACCCGAUUCGCCGGUGUAUGCAAACUUGCAGGAUCUGAAAAUGUCGCAAGCGAAUCUGCCCCCAGUUCCCAAAAGCAGCCCCAUACAAGUGCUCGGAGAUUGGGAGAUGCACAAAGAUGCCACAGGACGUACAUAUUAUUAUAACAAGGGAUCACAGGAGAGAAGCUGGAAACCCCCUCGGGGGACAAGAGAUUCCAUUAAUAAGGAACAUGGUAGUCAGGGUGAUUCAAUAAACCAUGCACAUCACAUCACAGAUGAAAACAGCCGCAGCACUUUCUCCAGUUAUUCAGAUAAUCAGUUUGAUUCACCUCCACGUGGUUGGUCGGAAGAAAUGGAUGAACGUGGCCAAACUUUAUAUGUCAGUGAAUAUACUAAUGAAAAGUGGAUGAAACAUACUGAUGAUCAAGGCCGAAGAUAUUUCUAUAGCACAGAUGGAUCCAAAUCUGAGUGGGAAUUGCCACAGUAUAACAUCUCAGCAAAACAGCAAGAGAUUAUUGGUAAAAGCAGAAGUUUGGACCGAAAACCAGCUGAGCCAUUAGUGCUGACAAAUUGGCGACAUAGUACAUAUACAGGGGGACCUUUGGACCUUGAAAAGUUCACUACAAAAAAGCACAAGCGCAAUUCCUCUGAACAUCUCUGUGCUCCGCCAUCAUAUUUGUAUUCACAGCAUCCUGAUCAAGAGUCUUCAACUAGCCCCAAACCUGUCCAUGACAACAACAAUGAGCCACCCUUAUCGCCAAAAUCUCCACAGCCAUCAUUAACAGAAAAAUAUGGAUUGCUUAACGUAACAAAGAUAACUGAUAAUGGGAAGAAAGUCAGGAAGAAUUGGACAUCAUCUUGGACAGUGUUGCAGGGGUCAUCGCUGUUGUUUGCCAAAAAUCAAGGCAGUGGCUGGUCAUUCUACCAUCAGAGCUCAAUUCCAGAGCUGCUCCUUUCGCUGCUUGCCACAUGGAAAAGUGCUGUCAAACGUCGGCCUGCGGUCACCUAUGUAAACUGUGCAACUGUUUCAGCUGCCUCUAAAUUUGGCAGCAAUCAAUCAAAGCCAGAGUUCACUGUGGAUCUAAGAGGAGCGGCAAUAGAAUGGGCUUCAAAAGACAAAUCCAGCAAGAAGAAUGUACUUGAGCUCAGAACACGUCAAGGAACAGAGUUGCUGAUUCAGUUGGAUAAUGAUGCGACCAUCGCCGAAUGGCAUAAAGCUCUUGAAAUAACUAUUGGUAAUCAGACCGAGCCUGAUGAAAUAUUUGAAGAUGAUUUGCCAGAGUCUCCUGGAAUUGACAAGCACGAUAAGGAUAAAAAUAACAAAGACUUGAAGAAAUCGCGUCAAGUAAAAUCUUCAUUUAGUAUGGAAAACGCAGACCAAAAAAAAACCAAAACAAAAUUGAAAAAGUUUCUCACAAGGAGACCAACACUCCAAGCAGUAAGAGACAAAGGCUACAUCAAAGAUCAGGUGUUUGGAUGUAACCUAGACAGUCUGUGUCAGAGAGAGAACACCACUAUCCCGCAAUUUGUGAAGAUGUGUAUUGAUCAUGUAGAAAAAGAGGGUUUAGACAUUGAUGGUCUUUACAGAGUGAGUGGCAACUUAGCUGUGAUACAGAAGCUUCGAUUUGCAGUUAAUCAUGAUGAGAAACUGGACCUCAAAGACUCCAAGUGGGAGGAUAUUAAUGUAAUUACUGGAGCCCUGAAGAUGUUUUUCAGAGAACUGCCAGAACCUCUCUUCACAUAUCAUCUCUUUAAUGACUUUGUCAAUGCAAUCAAAAAUCCAGACUACAAGCAGCGUGUUCAAGAUAUUAAGGAACUAAUAAGACAGUUGCCUAAACCAAACCACGACACUAUGCAAAUACUUUUCCAGCACCUUGGCAAGAUUGUUGCCAACGGUGAGCUAAACCGAAUGACCACUCAAAGCGUUGCAAUAGUAUUUGGUCCAACCCUUCUGAAGCCAGAGAAAGAGACUGGCAAUAUUGCAGUGCACAUGGUCUAUCAGAAUCAAAUAGUGGAAUUGAUCCUAACAGAAUAUGAAACCGUAUUUGGUCGCAGUUGAAAAAAUCGUGUAAAUGAAAUCCAGAUCUACCAAAACUCAUUUUGUCAGAACUAGAUUGUAUUGUACGUGUGCUUCUUGUAUCUUCAGCUGAACAGAAAAUGGUAAACUUUUACCUCUGAUUUUCCACUGGUUUUUAAACUGAUCUGUAACUUUUUCAGUGGGUAUCACUCUUGAAAUCAAGUGUCAAUCACUGCGAUUGUCUGUGUAAAAUGCCAGGCAGACAAAUGCGGGCGGGCUUACCGGGGUUACCUGGUUAUAAAGAAAAAUAGAGAUUUAAGUAUAGUUAUAUACACUGGGUUAUUUUGCAGCAAUAUUUGCCUGAGGGGCUAAGCAGUCAUUUCUGCACAUAUGUAUAUUUAGGAAAUAUCUGUUUCCUAUAUAUAGUUUGCAAACCUCAUUUGUAGCCUUUUCUGCUGUUCAUUGUAGCAGAAGUUCUAAUAUUGUAAAUCACUGCUGAGUCCAUACUGCUCGCAAGCACGGCCAGAAUUUGUGUAAUUUAUUUUUUUCACAGCUUUACUGAAAAGGUGAAUGUUUGUGCUGAUGCUUCCCAUUUGAUGAAUAUGGACUAAAAGCAUCCUGCACUGGAUGUUCACUCAGUCUGCUGUUAAUACAGAGAUCAUAUGAUCACACCCAGUGUUUCAGAAUGCUAUGUGAUGUACAGAUUUUAAAAAGGGUACAAAUAUUAAAGUAACAUGCCCUCAACCAAUGUGUGUAUAUAUAGUUUGUGUAUAGUUCCUUAACAGUGUAUGUUUUUCAUACAGUAACAUUUUCUAAUCACAUUUUGCCAACUUGUAAUAUUCAUUUACUGGGUCAAUGUCCCAGUUAAGAUCAGAACUAAGAGCUUUUGGGGAGUAUUUUAUGAUGGGCAACACAGGGGGCUAUUCUUAGGAAAACUAAGAAGUUGUGUGCACUUUUGAGCUAUUGGUAAUUUCCAUUGCAGGACAAAUAUUAACCAUUUGUAUUGCAAAUGGUACUGGAAAGUAUUGUGUAGGCUUAUGCUUCCUAGAUGCACUACAACAGGAGCUGUUAAGAUUAUUUAAAAUGUACAGACAAAAAUUGAACAAAAUCUGCUUAACAAUUUAUUGUACAAUAAAGUGCUAACAUUUUAAUAAUAAAAAUCUACUUAUGCACUGAUGAUGGGUGUUAUAAAAGCAGACAAACUUGAUGCUAAUCUGAAUUCUCCUGUUUUAAUGAUGUACAGAUUGGUUGUACAAACAGGGUUCCUUUGGAACAUUACCUGUUGUUGAGCGCAUGAUCUGCUAAAGAUUUUUUUGAAUGUAUUUUUUUAGACUAACUGCGUUUGGCGUAUGGCAUUAUGCUAUGUCUAAUCAAAAUUAAAACGGAAAACAAUGAAAAA